CUUUCAGAUGCCGGAUGUGAAUGCUAUAGUACCGCAUGACGCGAGCCUCGUUCUGGUGGAAGAAAGGAAAACACGCGAGCCUCGGUUUGGAAGAACAAAGGAAAAUCGAAAUGGCUGCUCAAGAGAAACGCACAGUGACUAUGAAGGUGCUGAAUAAAUCAAAAGAACUCAUCACUUACACAAGUGGCGCAACGCAGAUGGCAUACUUUAACCUCGUUUGCGCACGUGAAGAUGAACUGCUACACAUCAGAGUCUAUCAGAGACACAAAUUCACCAUGGUCCGUGUUGGGAUGACGUACAAAUUCUCAAGCCUUGUAAAGAAAGGAGACACUUGCUGGUGUGUCAGUGGAAGUAGUAUUGCUUAUGCUGCACCUGUUGAAGUAGGUUGUUACCCAGCACACAAGACCUUACUUCCGGAGGAGGAACCAGCAACUGGAUGUAAACGGUCAUUACAGGAUGCUAUCACGUCUCCGCAAAAGUCCACCAUUGUUGGCAAAAUAGCCAAGGUGUCUCCAUUGACCUUCCGUAGAGACGGAACACUAGCUGUCAGGUCUUUGGCUUUGAAAGAUGCCAGUGGGCCAGCUGUAAAAGUCACAUUGUUUGAGAAAUUCGCCACUGACACGUACAAUCCAGAAGCUGUGAUUGAGGUCAGUGGUGUGUACCAAAAGACCUACAACAAUAGGGUUCAGUUGACUGCCACAAGCAGCACAACAUGUCAGUUCUUGGCAAAUACAUCACUGCCAGAUGUUGUCAUUGAUGAUGCUGACAUCAUCAAAUUCAAUGAAGACCCUGACUUCAAGGUUAAUGACGAGACCACUUCUGCUCAGGCUCUGACUGUAGACAGCAUCUUAGAUGUGGAUGUCUACAAAUGCUGCACCAACACAGGUUGUCGAAAGAAAAAGCUGGUGGAUGGUCGUUGCCCAGUGUGCCACAACAAUGCCAGUGCGGACACUAUUCGCCUAAAGGUUGAAGUCCUUGUUGAUGAAGACACCAGACAGUUCACAAUAUUUGAGAAGGAGGUGUGUGCCAUAUUCGGUUUGAUUGACCUGACUGCCGGGGAUGACGUUGUGACCAACUUAGUAUGCCAGCUGCCAGUGCAGGUCAAAGGGAAAAUUUCAAGAGGCAAUUUGUACGACAUUGUGAAAGAAUGAAGUUUGUUUAAGGAACACAAAAAAAAACAUGACUUAACAAAACAAUACCUGUAGCCUUUUCAUAUCAGCAUUUUUUUCUAGAAAACCAAUAAGCAUAACUUUUUUGUCAAAUAGUUCUAAUGUCCUGUAUAUGUAUACACAAAGUGCAAGUUCAUCACAAAGCUCCAUUAACAAUUCGAUCAUUAUAUUUCAAGUGGCUGUGUAGUUUAUAACAAUCUGUAAUGAAAAUUGUUGAUUUCAAACUAAUAAAUUUUUCCUAACCUUGAUGCUUUUGCUAUUCAGCAUUAUGCAAACCAUUUGUACUCUAUCGCUUUCAUUUAUAGUUGUAUGUAUGCAUUCCUUGACAGUUUUUGUGUAGAGUGAACUACUACCAUGCAUGUUCAUAACAUUGUAACAUUUUAACACUAUUGCAGAUCUGUGUUGAAAUUUUUUCUUCUGAAACUUAUUUUUUGCUAAUUACACUGAUCAUUACCAUUUACAUUUGAAGCAUUAUAUGUAGGACAUUUUUCACACCCUUCAUUUUAAACAGAACUUUGUGUUUUUAGAUUAUUGCUUUUUUCAUACCAGAAUACCUCACUUCUUUAAAACUAAUCUUCCCUUUCUACUAGCACAACUUACAUGGAACAUGCUUCGUAUCGGUUUGGCUAUUGAUAUUUAUCAUUUCUUUAAAACAAUUUUCCAUUAUUACACAUUUCAGUUUUCCAUUAAACAUUUCAUUUUACUUCACACAACUUUUCUUGCCAUUCACUUCAUUUACAAUUUACACCUGUGUAUAGUUAUUACUGUUCAUGCACUACAUGUCAUGGCUUUUUCAACAAUUAUGUAUAUAUGUUAUGUUGAGAAUGCUUCUUCUGUGUUUGGUAUGCUACUUUCAUUAAUGUCUUAUGUGCAUGAUGUACAUGUGCACUUGUCAUAAGUGACUUUUUAAAUGCUCCAUUUAGUAUAUGC